UGCAGGAGCUGGCGGGGCGCCUCCGGGCCGCCCGGGCGCUGUGGUCCCAGCCGCGCGCGGGGGAGCGCGGACCACAGCUGGGGCUCGACUGGAGGCACGGUUAGUCCGCUCCCGCCGCCCCUCGGCCUCCCUCGGCUCCUACCUAGCCCCCCGACACGCGGAGAAGAGCGUGCAAAGGCGCCGAGAGGGACGGAAACCACAAAUAAAUAGCGGCGGCAGCAGCGCGUCAUCUGGUGGAGCAGGAAGUGCAGGCAGAGUCCGGAGGCUGGUGCUUUGCUGCGCGUCCCCAGGACUUUGCCAUGGGCUGGGGGCCGCGAAGGCUGCGAGCGGUCGCGCUAGGGCAGCGGCGGCGGCGUCCGCUCCGGGGCUGAGCCAGCAGCGACGCGCGGAGCGCGCGGAGAUGGCAGCGUCCAGCAACUCCAGCCUGUCCGGCUCCUCCGUGUCCUCCGAUGCUGAAGAAUACCAGCCUCCAAUAUGGAAAUCAUACUUAUAUCAGUUACAGCAAGAGGCCCCUCGUCCCAAGAGGAUCAUUUGUGCUGGGGAGGUGGAGAACAGACCAAAAUAUUAUGGAAGAGAGUUUCAUGGGAUCAUCUCCCGGGAGCAGGCAGAUGAGCUUCUCGGUGGCGUGGAGGGUGCCUACAUUCUCAGAGAAAGCCAACGCCAGCCAGGAUGCUACACGUUAGCUCUAAGGUUUGGAAACCAGACUUUAAACUACAGGCUCUUCUAUGAUGGAAAACACUUUGUGGGCGAGAAGAGGUUUGAAUCGAUUCACGAUCUGGUCACAGAUGGCUUGAUAACACUGUACAUAGAAACAAAAGCUUCUGAAUACAUUUCCAAAAUGACAACAAACCCCAUUUAUGAACACAUUGGAUAUGCCACUCUACUCAGAGAAAAAGUAUCCAGGAGGCUGAGCAGGUCGAAAAAUGAAUCAAGAAAAACAAGCGUUACAAAUGAAGAACACACAACAGUUGAAAAGAUCUCGUCCCUGGUCCGAAGGGCCGCCCUCACGCACAACGACAACCACUUCAACUACGAGAAGACCCACAACUUCAAGGUCCACACAUUCCGAGGCCCGCACUGGUGUGAAUACUGUGCCAACUUCAUGUGGGGGCUCAUCGCCCAAGGGGUUCGGUGCUCAGACUGUGGACUGAACGUACACAAACAGUGUUCCAAGCACGUUCCCAAUGACUGUCAGCCAGAUCUCAAGAGGAUCAAGAAGGUGUACUGCUGUGACCUCACAACCCUUGUAAAGGCUCACAACACUCAGAGACCCAUGGUGGUAGACAUAUGCAUACGGGAGAUUGAAGCAAGAGGAUUGAAGUCGGAAGGCCUUUACAGAGUCUCCGGGUUCACUGAACACAUAGAAGAUGUCAAAAUGGCCUUUGACAGAGACGGUGAAAAGGCAGAUAUAUCUGCCAACAUCUAUCCAGACAUAAACAUCAUCACUGGAGCCCUUAAACUUUACUUCAGAGACCUACCCAUUCCUGUUAUCACCUAUGACACCUAUCCCAAAUUUAUCGAAGCAGCGAAAAUCUCCAAUGCGGAUGAGAGGCUGGAAGCCGUCCAUGACGUGCUGAUGCUGUUGCCGCCGGCCCACUAUGAGACCCUCCGAUAUCUGAUGAUCCAUCUCAAGAAGGUGACACUGAAUGAAAAGGACAAUCUCAUGAAUGCUGAAAAUCUGGGGAUCGUGUUUGGACCCACACUGAUGAGGUCCCCCGAGGACAGCACCCUCACCACCCUCCAUGACAUGCGGUACCAAAAGCUGAUUGUGCAGAUUUUAAUAGAAAAUGAAGAUGUUUUGUUUUAAUCCCCAUCAGGGAAAUGAGACGAAUGGCCCCAGCCCCAUCUUGCUGAUAAGGCUAAAAAGGAAUAAAAACACUUCUUACCCUUGAUUUGUUUUUCAAGCAAGUGACGGAAUUUCCUGGACCACAGUGACUGUCAAGUCGGCUUCUGUGUCUCAUAGACACUCGCCGCCUCCAUGUGAGAACAGCAGGGGUGAGAGUGAACAAAGGCCCUGUCGUGGGUCUUUGCUGUGCCUCCUACAGAUGUCUGUUUUGCUGGAAGAGUGAUUAAUCUUUAACUUAUUUUAAAAAAAAAAAAAAGGUAGCUCUUUAAGCUUCAGUCUUAUCAGUAAUAAAAGGGAAUUUAAUUCAUAGAGGUACUUGAUACAGUUAUACAUUUUCCACUUACAAAAAGACAAUUCUAUGUUAAAUGUUAAACGAAACUUAUAUUGUAAAAUGUAUUUUUAUUUUAGCUGCAAGAAUGUUACUUUAUUUCAGCAAAUAGAACUCAAUGCAGUGCAUUGAUUAUGAUCCUGUGCACCUUGUCCUGCUUCUUGCUGUGAUCCCUGAAAAAGUUUACCGUGAAUGCAGUAUUAUCUUGACAUACCUCUGUCCUUAUCAGUGCUUUGCAAUGGAAGUUCUCCGGCCACCUGUGUCCCUGCUUUUGAUAGGUUUUGCUGUUAAGCACUGGCAUCUUUGUAGUCGUACAGUAUAUGUUUUUAGCAGUUGUAGGAUGGUCUGAAACAUCCACAGAUUUUCUUUCCAUGAGAAUUUCGUGAAAUCCCAAAGUAUGUUUUGGCAUUGGUCAGAGUCUUUCCUCCCUGUCAUGUGUGUAUAUCCUAGAACAUGCAGAAUGUGGUCACUUUACAUGAAAUGACGUGAGAAUACUGGUUGAAUCUGGGCCACGUAAAAAGUUAGCACUUUCCCUAUGUCCUUUUCAGGCCAGUCCUUGGGACUAACCAAUUAAUGGCAAGUUGUGCUGAUUUUUUCCCCAUUUUUGUUUUAUAAACAAGCUUAUUUUUAAAAGUAAGAAUGAAUAAGUUUGAUUUUUACAAAUAUUUGUUCCUCUAUAAAAGUAGCUCUGUAGGGAUAAUUUAAUAUGAUUUAGAUCACAAUAGUUCCAUCUUCAUUAUAAAUUUAGCUUAGCAUGAGCUUUUUCACAGCAAGAUCUCUAUAUUUGGUAACAUAGGUAAAAUAUUUAAAGCAUCAAAAACUGUAAAUUUAAAAAAAAAUUUUUUUUGAAAUCCAACUACAAUGUCUUUUCCUCUGAUUGUCUGAGAUGAUCCAUGUACUUACUGGCUAGUCUUGUUUUGGAGUGACCAGAAGAGAAUCACCGUGCGGUGAGUGAGCUGAAAGGAGGAGGGCAAUGCAAUCGUCCUGGACAGUUCCACGGGCUAUGCGGACGGACUCCGUUGGCACACGGGGGGAUCAGAAUGGUUCUGCUGGGUCCCUGCUAUUAUUGUCCCUCCCAAGUGUACAGAUUUGUUGGUUGUAGCUUAUGUACUUCUUGAUACUGUCAAAAAAUUAUCUGAAAAUGGUUUUAUUUUGUGAAGUGAAUAAUACUUUGUAAUUUAUGAUAGUGUAAAUGGAAGGAAAAGCAUUAAAUGUAUUAAAUUCUUCUGUC